UUUCCCUCCUAUGAUGAUAUGUAAAACGGAGAAAAGAUAGAGGGGUAAUACGUUCUAGAUCCUAUUUCCUAAGAAUAGGAAGAUAAGCCAAUACUAUAAAAUCCAGCUAAUAAUGGGAAAACUUAUGAAUAAUUGUUUGAAAUAGUUUAACGACUAAAUGAUAUUAACUGGGUGGAACCAUCAUCAAAAAUCACUCCUAUCAAAUAUCUGACUCCAAUUACCUACUGGUUUAUUAUAUGCUCACAAUACUUUCAAAACGAUGCUGAUCCUAAAAACAUCAAGUAUUCAAUCACCAUUACACUUUAGAAUCAAUUAGGAAUGCCAAAGAAUUCAAGAAGAACCUGCUCGUCCAUACACUUACUUUGAUGAUUGGUUCAUUAUGGAAAUGAGAAACAUAGUAAACUAUAAUCUAAGAUAGAUGGUUAAAAGAAUUAUCACCCAAAAAUGAUUUGGAAUUAUUGUAGACUCUGCUUGAACAAUAAUUACUAAAUACCCAACAUUUAGUAAAUACUCAAAUUGAUACACUACAAAUACAAAAGCCUAUUUUGAAUAUCCAAAAUCCUCCUGAUUAUAUUCUAAAAGAUCUUGUCGGCCUCACUGAAAUUGAAAAUUAGUAUCUUACUUACCUUGAAAGUUAACAAAAGUAAUCUAUUUUCCCAAUUCCUCUCUAGGUAUUACGAUGAAUAAAUCAUUAAUCAGACUAAAUCUUCUAAUUUAGCAGGAACUGCUAGAAAAUUAUAAAAUGUAUAUAAUAAUUGUUAGAUCUGCAAUUAAGGUGUUAGAUCUGAAGAUCCUCUUAUUUCUUGUCAGAAAUGCCAAAUUGUUGUUCAUUAAAAAUGUUAUGGUUUAGAAAAUGCACUUAACAAUUGGAUUUGUGAUGUUUGUUUAAAUUUUGGCAAUAAAGGAAAGUUUUUGAAAUGUCCUCUCUGUCCUAAAUUAGGAGGAGCUAUGAGAUCAACUUAAAUGUAUAUGAAAGAUUCUAUAUUUGAAUUAAUCAACCCUACUUUUCAUACAUAUGCUAUCAAUUAAAAAGUUGAUAGGCAAAGUAAUUAAUUGAUUGAUGUAUUUUAGAACCUCCUCCAGAUGGUGAAGAAAGUUAUAAUUUUAUGAUACUUUAAUAUCAACUUGAUAGUAUGAUUGGUGAACCUCCUAAAGCUGAAAAGAUUUGGACUCAUGUUUCUUGUUCUCUUUGGUUAGAUGUAGAUUUAAUGAAGGUUGACAAAAGAAAAUUCAAUACUUUAUGUAGUAUUUGUAAACAAAAGAAAAAUGGAGCAUGUGUAUCUUGCUCAAAAUAAAAAUGUACCAUAUCCUUCCAUCCUGAAUGUGCUAGGAGAUCAUAAAUCUAUAUGGAAUCAGAUAGUAUUUAUUGUUUUAAACAUUAACCAUUAAAAAUUAAAAGAAUUUUUGAAGAUUAACAUAAUUAAUGGAAGGAAGAGAUUUACUCUUUUUUUAAAUAAUAUGAAAAAUUAGAAUAAUAGUUAGCCAACAGACCUAAAAACAAUGAUGCUGAAUUUCAAAAAUUCGAACUUAAAGCUUAGUAAGAAGAAAUAGAGGCUGAUAUAAAAUAAGAAAAUGAAUUUUUGUUUUAAAAAAUUGCUGAAAUUCUAGAUAAGGAUGAAAAAUUCAUAAUUACUUUCGAACAAAAUUAAGUCAUUGAUAUUUAAUUACCAUACAAAAGACAAUCUAUAUAUGAUAUUGAAGAAAAUGAUAGAAUUUGGAAAUAGCUGGCUAAUGAAAAAUACUCUUCUGAAUAAGUCUAUAUACUAUAUUAGAGAGCAAUGAGAAUGAGAAAAAAAAAAAAGUAAGGAAAUGCAAUUAUAUAAUUGUAAAUGUCUUCAAUAUAAGAAUUACCUAAUAGAAAAAGACAUUCUAUCUAUUCCAGACCAAAGUUCUUUAAAUAUCAUAAAAAAUAAAAAUAAAAUGGAUAGUCAAAUAAUAUUUCUCUAAAAAUUAAAAUACCAAAAGAGGCAAUAAAUAUUUAAUAAUAAUAUUGUAUUUGCAAAUAAUAAAAUGAUGAAGAAAUGAUGUGUAUUAAAUUUUUUAAUUAUUUUAGAGUGUGAAAUUUGUUCAGAAUGGUACCAUCUAAAAUGUUUAGGAUUUUUAAGCACUGUCGAAGAUGCACAGAAUUUAUUUUUUUAUUGUUUUAGAUGCGAAUAGAAAUUAAAUCGAGAAUAAGCUAAAUAUAUAAAAAGAUAUAAAUAAUAUUUUGCAGAUUCAACAUUUCGAGAUCUAAAAUUGAAGAUUGGAAUGUCCCCUCAUGAAUUAAGAGCUCACGAAAAAAAGAACUAUAAAUAGUUGUCUAAAUGA